AUGGCGGGGCUGCGGGCGCUCUGGCUGCUGGCGGCGGCGGCGCUGGGCGCGGCGGGGGGGCACCCGCAGCCCUGCCGCGUCCCGGCCCGCACCGGCCCCGCCGUGCGCCUCGGGGCGCUGCUGCCGCCCGCCGCCCCCGGCCGCGCCCGCCUCCGCGCCGCGCUGGCCCGGGCCGGGGCCGGGGCCGGGGGGGGGCCCGGCCCCGGGGGCGCGGCGCUGCCCUACAACCUCAGCCUGGAGGUGGUGGCGGGCGCCCCGGCGGCGCGGGACCCGGGCUCGCUGGCGCGGUGGCUCUGCGGGGCGCUGGUGGUGCGCGGCGUGGCCGCCGUCCUGGCGCUGCCCCGCUCCCGCCGGGAGCUGCUCCAGCUCGACUUCCUCGCCGCCGCCCUCCAGAUCCCCUUCGUCAGCCUCCUCGACACCCGCGGGCCGCUGCCCUUCCGAGCGCAGAGCCCUUUCCACUUCCACAUGGACCGGCAGAGCUCGCUGGAGAUGCUGGUGGACGUGCUGGUGAGCGUCCUGCAGGCCAACGACUGGCACGAGACCAACCUGGUGCUCUGCCACCCCUGGGACAUCUCCAGCUUCCUCAGCCUCUGGGCCCAUCGCUCCCAGCUCUUCCUCCGCACCGUCCUGGACCUCGGUUUUCUGGAUGAGCCCAGGGCUGCCCGCUACCUCCGGCAGCACAGGGAGCGCUUCAGGGCCCUCUCCAGCCCCGUGCUGGUACUCGGCUGUGAUCUGCGGCGCGCUCGGCUCAUCUUCCGGGCAGCUGAGGAGUCAGGUCUGCUGCCGCAGGAGUUUCACUGGAUGCUGGGCUCCCCGCUCAGCGCCAGCGAGCUGCAGACCGAGGGGCUGCCCCUGGGGCUUCUGGCCUACGGGGAGGUCAACCGGCCGCCGCUGGAGCUCUUCAUCCAGGACGCGGUGGAGCUGGUGUCCCGGGCCAUCGCCAGCGCCGCCCGCAUCCGCCCCGACCUGGCUCUCCUGCAGACGAUGGUGAACUGCAACGACAGGCGCCAGGCGGGCGGCGAGUCCUCAGGGCUCUUCCUCUCCCGGUUUCUGGCCAACACAUCCUUCCACGGCCGGACGGGGCCUGUGCGCAUGGAGAAUGCGACGCUGGUGCGCCUGGAGCAGCAGUACCGCGUCUGGAGCCUGCGGCGGGACUCGCGGGGGGAUCCCACCUGGGUGACGGUGGGCACCUGGCGACACGGCAAGCUGGAGCUGGAGGAGGGAGCGUGGCAGAGCCACCGCCAGCGCAAGAGCCACGGCGAGGGGGCCGGGGGGGCCCGUGUGAGGCUGCGGGUGGUGACGCUGGUGGAGCACCCCUUCGUCUUCACCAGGGAGGCGGAUGAGGAUGGGAGCUGCCCGGCCGGGCAGCUCUGCCUGGACCCUGGCACCAACGAUUCGGCCGUGCUGGACGCCCUCUUUGAGGAGCUUGGUGCUGAGAACGGCUCGGUGCCGCGGGCGUACAAGAAGUGCUGCUACGGGUACUGCAUCGACCUGCUGGAGAAGCUGGCCGAGGACGUGCCCUUCGACUUCGAGCUCUACAUCGUGGGUGAUGGGAAAUACGGGGCCUGGAAGAACGGCCGCUGGACGGGGCUGGUGGGGGACCUGCUCAGCGGCACAGCCCACAUGGCCGUCACCUCCUUCAGCAUCAACUCGGCACGGAGCAAAGUCAUCGACUUCACCAGCCCCUUCUUCUCCACCAGCCUGGGCAUCCUGGUGAGGACCAAGGACACAGCGUCGCCUAUCGGGGCCUUCAUGUGGCCCUUGCACUGGACCAUGUGGGUGGGCGUCUUCGUGGCCCUGCACAUGACCGCACUCUUCCUCACCCUGUACGAGUGGAAGAGCCCCUAUGGAAUGACCCCCCACGGCCGCAACCGCAUGAAGAUCUUCUCCUACUCCUCAGCCCUCAACCUCUGCUAUGCCAUCCUCUUUGGGCGCACGGUGUCCAGCAAGACGCCCAAGUGCUGCACUGGCCGCUUCCUCAUGAACCUCUGGGCCAUCUUCUGCCUCCUGGUGCUCUCCAGCUACACGGCCAACCUCGCGGCUGUCAUGGUGGGGGACAAGACCUUUGAGGAGCUCUCGGGCAUCCACGACCCAAAGCUGCAUCACCCCUCGCAGGGCUUCCGCUUCGGCACGGUCUGGGAGAGCAGUGCUGAGGAGUACAUCAAGAAGAGCUUCCCCGAGAUGCACGAAUACAUGCGGCGCUACAACGUCCCCACCACCCCCGCCGGCGUCACCAUGCUCAAGACGGAGCCCCCCAAGCUCAAUGCCUUCAUCAUGGACAAGUCGCUGCUGGACUACGAGGUCUCCAUCGACUCCGACUGCAAACUGCUGACCGUGGGCAAACCCUUCGCCAUUGAAGGCUACGGCAUCGGCCUCCCCCAGAACUCGCCGCUGACCUCCAACAUCUCCGAGUUCAUCAGCCGCUACAAGUCGGCCGGGUUCAUCGACCUCUUGCACGACAAGUGGUACAAGAUGGUGCCCUGCGGCAAGCGCGUCUUCGCUGUCACAGAGACCCUGCAGAUGGGCAUCUACCACUUCUCAGGGCUCUUCGUGCUGCUCUGCAUCGGGCUCAGCGGCUCCCUGCUCACCUCCCUGGGCGAGCGUGUCUUCUACCACCUCGUCCUGCCCCGCAUCAAGCGCAAGAAGAAAUUCAGCUACUGGCUGCACACGAGCCAGAAAAUCCACCGGGCUCUGAACAUGGGCAUGGAGGAGCAGAAAAGCCAGCAGCCAAGCUUGGAGCAGAGGUGUGACCGCCAGCUGAGGCAGGCACCGGCAGCAGGGCAGCCCUGGAGCACCCUGCGGAAGGAGGCACGGCGGGUCCGCUUCCAGCUGGACAAAGCCCCCCCCGAGGGUGAGGGGUCCCUGUGGUACCCCGCGAACGGGCAGGCGCUGCGGCCCCCCGAGAGGGCAGCUGGCGAGAGCGAGCUCCGGGAGCUGGAGGAGAAGAUCCAGGAGAUGCGGGACCAGCUGCGCGCAGCCCUGGUGAGGAAGAGCGAGCUGGUGGCCGCGCUGGGCACGGCGAAGAGCGGCCGGGCACUGCCUGCCCCACCGGCCACCGAGGAGCCCCGGGAGGAGAGGUGA